GAUGGAUUCGAAAGUAACAAAAAAGGAUUAUAAUAAUGAAAUGGAGCUAAAAUAGUAAUUAGAAAUCUAAAUUUCAAACUAAAAUAAGAUAUUAGAAGAAUUAUAAGUACAAUUAGCUUAACUUGAAAAAGAGAAGGAGGAAUUAUCAAGAUAGUAAAGUAAAAAUGAACAGGUAAUUUUAAAUUAAAUUCCAAUUAGGAUAUUAAUCGUUUUAAACUAGCCAAAUAAGAUUAUUUCAAUUAAGGAAAGGCCAAACUUGAAGAUUUAAACAACUAAUUAGAGAAAGCAAAAGCGGAAUAAAGUUAGUGUAGUUAAAUUGACUAAAAUUUGCAUUAAGAACCUACAGUAGUUAGGUUGAAUAUCAAAUCAAAAGUAUACUUUAUUAUUCUAAUUUAAUUAGCAAAUUGAGGAUGAAAAUGGAAAGUUGAAAGUUAAGAUUGAAUUUGAUAAUAACUAUACAUAAAUUGAAAUCCAAGAAAGGUUGUUGGAAGAUAAAAAAUCUGUAGAGUUGUAAGGUUAUGCGAUUCUAGAUUUCACUUUGUUUUUCUUUAAUCAAAAAAUAGAAUUGCAAAAGCAAGUUUAAUAGAGAGAAUCAAUUUAGUUAGAUGGACUUGAAUUGAUUAUAAUAUAUAAAUGA